CACACGCAGACAGCUGUUGCGCCCCUGAACUCACCUGAGUCCCGUCAUCGUCUACAAGAACAGAGGGACAGUGAGAAAGGUGGGGGGGCAAAUGGAGGACGACGGCAGCUUGCUCAUCGGCAUGGACACCAAGCCGGGGAACAGCUACGGCAGUGUCACCACGAAUGCACCUGCUCAACCUUUAGACAGGAACGUGUUCAGUGACGGGUCGACUCGAAUUGAUUUCGUGCUGGUGUGGGAGGAGCCUCGCAGCUCACAGAAGGAAGGUGCAGGUGUUAACCCUGCCCACCAGAGGUGGAGAGAUGAAUUUCUAAGCAGACUGAGUCGCUCUGGACUGCUGCAGGAACAGAAGAAAGUCUCUCAUGCGAAGAAGAAUAUCUGCUUUGUCCUGCUCAGUGCUCCAUGGAAUGUCCUCUGUUACUACGCUGAGGACAUCAGCCUGAGAGUCCCCCUGCAGGUGGUCAACUCUCCAAACAUUACUGGGUCUGAACAGCUCCUGUUGAAGCUGUCCCUCCCCAACCCCAUGGCCCAGGAUGUACCCAACCCACCAGUUUGUUACUACACCUGUCAGUUUAGGAAUAACAAGCUGGAACGGUUUUUAGGCAGCAAUGACAAAGAGACGUUUUUUAAAACAACUCAAAGACACCAGGUGUUGUAUGAGAUUCUGGCCAGGACUCCGUAUGGUUCUGCGAAGAGGGGACAGGUGGGAAUUGACCGAAUGCUGAAUGAGCAGGUCUUCACUGCCGCCUACCCGCUGCAUGAGGGUGAUUAUAUGCAGCCCACGCCCACAGUGUCCCCUCAGUCUUUGAGUACAAGACAGAUACUGCACACGUACUGGGCCAAGUGGUCCUGCUGGAAAAGCUACCAACCAUUGGACCACAUUAGGGAGUACUUUGGAGAGAAGAUAGCACUUUACUUUGCCUGGCUUGGUUUCUACACUGCUUGGCUGUUGCCAGCGUCUCUCAUUGGGACUGUGAUCUUCCUGAAUGGAUUGUGGCUCAUGGCAACUGAUGUUCCGGUGAAGGAGGUGUGUGAUACUAGAAACAACUUCCUCAUGUGUCCAGCAUGUAACAUCUGCACUUACUGGAACUACUCCAGCAUCUGUGUUACCUACAAGUUGGGCAUCCUGUUUGAUAAUGGAGGGACAGUCUUCUUCAGUGUCUUCAUGUCUCUAUGGGCCGUCACCUUCCUCGAGUAUUGGAAGAGAACCUGUUCAACUCUGUCUCACCGCUGGAACUGCUCCGACUUCGAGGAGAUUGAGGAGCGACCUCGCCCUGAGUUCACAGCCAUGGCGCCAAUGACCAUGAGGAACCCUGUGACUGGAGCAGAGGAACCAUAUUUCCCUGAAAACAAACGGUUCAAAAGGAUUUUGAGUGGCUGUAUUGUCAUCAUAGUCUUGAUCUUUCUUGUGCUAAUGUGCCUCAUCGCCAUCAUCCUGUAUCGUACCAUCGUCAGCAUCCUCAUCCAGAAGUCUAACCUCGGCUUCAUCAGCUCGUCUGCUAAAAGGAUAGCCAGUAUUACUGGGUCAGUGCUAAACCUGUUGGUCAUCCUCAUUUUGUCCAGGCUCUACACCACACUGGCCCAAAUCCUCACUCGCUGGGAGAUGCAUCGCACCCAGAAUAAGUAUGAGGACAUGUUCAUCCUCAAAGUUUUCGUCUUCCAGUUUGUCAACUUCUACUCAUCUCCUAUUUACAUCGCCUUCUUCAAAGGAAGGUUUGUUGGUUUCCCUGGACACUACAACACACUGUUUGGAAUUCGCAAUGAAGAUUGUGGAGCAGGUGGAUGUCUUAUUGAACUGGCUCAGGAGCUGCUCGUCAUCAUGGUGGGAAAACAGCUGAUCAACAACAUCCAGGAGUUCCUUGUCCCGAAGUUUAAGUCUUGGAUGCAGAAGAGGAAGAUGAAUCCACAGCAGCAGAAGGAGAAGAAUAAGGAGGAGGGAAAAGACGAGGGUCAGAAGAAGGAAGACCUUUCUCCCUGGGAGGCAGACUACCAGCUGCUGAUGUGUGAGGGUCUCCUCAGCGAGUACCUGGAAAUGGUUAUUCAGUUUGGCUUCAUCACCAUCUUUGUGGCGGCGUGCCCUCUCGCUCCGCUCUUCUCUCUCAUUAAUAACUGGGUGGAGAUUCGACUGGACGCUCAGAAGUUUGUGACUGAAUACCGUCGCCCUGUGGUGGAGCGAGCGCAGGACAUUGGUAUUUGGCUCCUGAUCCUGCAGUUCAUCACACAGGUGGCCGUCCUAAUCAAUGCUUUCCUUAUUGCGUUCACCUCGUCCUUCCUGCCUCGCCUAUACUAUCGCUACACCAGAGACAGCACCCUGAAAGGGUACAUCAACUUCACGCUGGCCACAUCUCCACAGAACUUCACCCAUCACGACGAGAACACACCCUGCAGGUAUGUGGGUUUCCGGGAUGAUAAUGGUGACUACAUCCAAGAGUACUAUCACCUCCUCGCCAUACGACUUUGUUUUGUCAUAAUCUUCGAGCAUGUAGUCUUCCUCGUUGGCCGCUUGAUCGACAUGAUGGUCCCCGACAUUCCCGAGGAGGUGGAGCUAAGGAUUAAGCGGGAGCACUACAUGGCCAAAGCAGCUUUAGCUGAGAAUCGGUCCAUGGGGAAAAACCUAAUUCCUGAGCAGGAUGACCAGACUACCAGCCUGCGAAGGCGUGCCGCUGAACCCUCAAAGCAAAGCAAAUUCCCACCACCAGUCCUGAAUAGGAUCCCCAAAGGCAACUGACUGAUUGGGAAAGGUGAAGCACAACGAAACUCUGUCCUGAAUGAUUAACAGCAUGAUUUUUGCAAAGAUAUUCAGAUGCUACUAUAUGGUGCAGACUCUGACAGCUGUACUAGAGUUGCAUGAUCUCUGAUAGUCAUGUACAAGACCCCUGCUGGAAAUCUACAAGAACUGUGCUUCAAGAACUCUGCAAGACCCUUCAGAUGUUCAGGGAAGGCUUUGUUAGUUAUUUUAGGUUAGUUAGACCUAAAUUGUCAAGACACUCAUAAGAUCUCUGCAGAUGGAUUUCUAUAAUAUGUCUAGUGGACAGCCACAAGUUUAAUUACAUUGUACAGAAUCUCCACAGGUUCUAAAACCGCACUGCAAGAGGUCAGGUGUUAAGCCCAUCAAGGCUUAAGCCCGUCUUACAGAAGCAUCAAACCUGGAUGUAUGCUGGCAUGACCAGAAUUGUGUGAGACUACUGCCAAAUGUACAUGAAAAACAGUCUCCGUACAAAUCUGCAGGAAUUGUAACAGAACCUUGCAAGAUCUGCAGAGGUAAAAUUGAACCUUUAAAAACGUCCAAGUGGUGUGUAAAAAUGUUUUGUACACACUGUCACUGUCAAAAAUCAAUCUAAAUUGUCUUUCAUUCGAUAGUAGUGACUCAAUAUCAACCUUCCCAUAUCUAUUGAACAUUGUCCUAUUUUGGCGUAUUUUAUCUUUUCUGUACAUACAUAAACGUUUAAUUUAUACUAAAAUUAGGAUUCAUGUUUUGUUGUUGUGACCAUGCUAGUCCACAUUCCAUUUCACUAUUGUCUUCCUGGAGCAUGUGCAGUCAGUGCAUAUGAUCUGCACGGUCCUAAACAUUUUGCCACGUUGUUGUUAAGAAUAAUCCAGUGUAUCAACUGCAAAAGAAUCUUCAACAAGAUUUACUCCACCUAUUUUUCUAUUCAGAAUUAGUAUUAUAUGAGUGGUAGCUGCUGAUAAUAGUUACAAUGUAUUUUUGUUGCCAUCAUUUAUUUCAUAAUACUAUUUUAUUUUCAGUAAUCUAAAAUAAAAUGAUUUUGUAAGUUUAAUUCAAUUUCUAAUACAAUAUGUAGAUGAUAACAGGUAUGAUGUUACUGAAAAUUGCUGUAUGCGCUCCGUGAUCGAUAACUGUUGUUGAAAAUAAUGGAAAAUAAAACUACAUACUCGUGUAAA